CGCUCACUGUUGUUGAACACGUGUCUCCUGUGAGGAACAGAGGAGCUCCGAGGUGGACGUUCUCCGUGAUCUCACACACACAUCCUGUGUGCAGUGACUGCGCGAUGGAGGACACCAAGUCCACCAAGUCCACCAAGUCCACCACGGUCAGGACUCGGCAGCAACGACUUAACACGAAAGCGCGGACACUUUAACGGCACUUUUGAAGUCCGCAGUUUGCCGCGUGGCCCCGCCCACCUCCGCAUGUCCGCACGUCCCGACCUCCAGAGCUCUUCAUCUCCGGGACUCCGGAUCGCACCCGCAGACCUUCUAGGCACCUCCUGCAGCCCGGUCCAUCCAUGGCCGUGCGCGCACACGUGUGCUUCGCGGCGCUCGCGCUGCUGCUGCUCGGCUUUGCGCGUCCCGUGCCGUGCGUGCGGCUCGCGGAGCUCUUCGAGUUCGGCCGGAGCGCCGGGGACGAGCAGCUGAGGCGCGGGAGCGACCAGAGCCGGCAGCUGGAGCUGGAGACACCGCUGCUCUUUUACCAUGGGACGUUCCGCAGCGUCCACAUCAACACCAACGGAUUCGUUGCCGUGUCACAGCCACCUGAGGAGUCUGAGUACCUGGGCAACACGCCUGCUGGAUUUGGCAUGAUCGCAGUGUUGAUGGGGGACUUGGACACCAGCGACGGAGUGGGCAGCGUGUAUUUCCGCCAAGACCGAAGGCCUGCCACCCUGCAACGGGCGGCUGAGCACAUUAACCGGGCUUUCCCCGAGGAUGAGGAGGUGGAGCUCAGUCAUGCUGUGGUGGUCACCUGGAGGCACGUGGCAUCCCAUGAGCCCCACGGUAGGGGAGAUGGACUGAGCAAUAGGAAAAACACCUUCCAGAUGGUGAUUGCAUCAGGUGAUAAAGUGUCCUAUGCCAUUCUGCUGUACCCGAGGGAGGGCUUGCAAUUCCUCUCCACCUCUGUGGGGGGUGGUACAGUGCCCAUGCAAGCUGGCUUUAAUCAGGGACCGGUGAAAUACACAUUUUGGAGCACUCAGCCAGGAAACUACUACCAAAUCACCAGUGAUAAUGAGCAGUCUGUCAAGGAUCUCGCAGAGCAGACUAACUCCGGCAAGCGCGGUGUGUGGGUCUUCGAGAUAGGGACAGCCCCCUACUUCUCCAGUAUCACUGCUGGGGAGGUCACAGCCUUCUCUCCUGACACUAAGGCAGAGGAUGAUCCACCUAGCCCAGCGAGGCAUGCCGUCUCCCCUGGUGGACACCGGGAGGUUCAGCACCCUCGCUACGAUACACAACCGCAUGAAGCUCAUAAGGGUGCGCAAGAACCACAUGCCGAGCUGCCAGCUGCACAACCAGUUCAGUAUUACCACCCCAACUACCAGCCGGAAAAUCCCAGGGUGGUGGUGGUUGACGAAGGAGAUAUCAAUGUUGAUGUGUUUUCCUACAACUUCGAAACGUGUGCCAACAACAGACAGAAGUGCUCGACCUUCGCCGACUGCAGGGACUACCCCAGCGGUUACUGCUGCCACUGCAGGCCCGGGUUCUAUGGCAAUGGCAAACAAUGUGUGGCUGAAGGCAAACCCCAACGGAUGAAUGGGAAGGUGAAUGGAAGAGUGUACGUGGGCAACAGCCCCUCCCCGGUGGAGCUCAGGAACAAUGACCUGCACUCCUACGUGGUGGCCAACGAUGGCCGAGCCUACGUAGCCAUCAGCACCAUCCCUAUAAGCCUGGGCCCCUCCCUGCUCCCGCUCUCCUCACUGGGUGGUGUCAUUGGCUGGGCCUUCGCCUUGGAGCAACCUAGUUUUGAAAACGGCUUCAGCAUCACUGGUGGUGAAUUCACGCGCCAGGCAGAGGUGACCUUCCUGCCUGGGAAUGAGAAGCUCACCAUCAGGCAGAACUUCCAGGGCAUUGAUGAACAUGAACACCUGGUGGUCAACACGGAACUGGAGGGCCGGGUUCCUCAGAUACCACGGGCAGCCACUGUGCAGAUUGACCCAUACUCGGAGAUCUACCAGUACAGCAACAAUCUGAUCACCUCCUCCUCCACCCGAGAGUACACUAUCAAUCACGAUGACGGCAGCAGUGAAACUCGGACUUUCCAGUGGCGACAGACUAUCACCUUCCAGGGCUGCCCACACGAUGAGUCCAGCAGGACUGCGCUGUCUCCCCAGCAACUCAGUGUGGACCAGGUCUUCGUCAUGUAUGACGACGGCAAUCAGCUCAUCCGCUAUGCCAUGAGUAACAAGAUUGGAUCUGUCAACGGUGGAGAGCCGAGGGAUAACCCCUGUUUCACAGGCCAGCACCGCUGUGACACCAACGCCGUAUGCCGGCCGGGCCAUGGCAACCAGUUCACCUGCGAGUGCACCGGCGGAUUCACCGGGGACGGAUAUACCUGUUACGAUUUGGAUGAGUGCAGGGAGACCCCGCAUGUCUGCGAUCGCAACGCCAUCUGCAGUAACUACCCUGGAACGUACCGGUGCCAGUGUAUCGAUGGUUUCCAGUUCGCCAGCGAUGGACACACCUGCGUAGAGGUGGACCAGCCUGUGGACCACUGCCAGAGAGGUACCCACAACUGUGACAUCCCAGAGCGCGCUCGCUGCAUCUACACGGGGGGCUCCUCCUACACCUGCUCUUGUCUUUCAGGGUUCCAGGGUGAUGGCCGGGCCUGUAGGGACAUAGACGAGUGCCAGCUGGGCAGGUGUCAUCAGGAUGCCAUUUGCUACAACACACAAGGCUCUUUCACCUGCCAGUGCAGGGCAGGUUUCCAUGGCGAUGGCUUCUACUGUUCUCCAGAGCGGCAAAAAACGCGAUGUGAGCACCACCGAGAGAGUGUCCUGGGCGCUGAGCCACGAGGCCCUCGUCCUCCCCUGGGCCAGUACGUGCCCGAGUGUGACGAGGCAGGCAACUACAAGCCCGUGCAGUGCCAUGCCAGCAUCAGGAAAUGCUGGUGUGUGGACCGCAACGGCGUGGAAAUCCCAGGGACCCGGACAGAAUGGGGCACCGUACCCAUGUGCAUUGAUCCUAAUACGGAGCCCCGUCCGGUGGGUCCCACCCCCAGGCCGGAUGUGCACCCCCUGCCACCUGGUACCCACCUGCUGUUUGCUCAGAGUGGGAAGAUCGAGCACGUCCCCCUGGACGGCUACAACAUGAAGAAGAACGAAGCUAAGGCUGUGCUAUACCUUCCCGACAAGGUGGUCAUUGGCGUAGCCUACGACUGCGUGGAUAAGGUGAUAUUCUGGACUGAUAUCACGAGUCCCUCAAUCAGCAAGGCCAGUCUGCAUGGGGGCGAACCCACCACGGUCAUCAGCUCAGAUCUGGAGAGUCCCGAAGGGAUUGCCAUUGACCACCUGGGCCGCACCAUGUUCUGGACGGAUUCGAUGCAGGACCGGAUCGAGGUGGCUUCGCUGGACGGCAGGCAGCGGCGCGUCCUCAUCAACACGGGACUGGUGAACCCACGGGCCAUCAUCGCAGACCCAAUCCGCGGGUACCUUUACUGGACCGACUGGAACAGAGAUGCUCCCAAGAUCGAAACAUCCUACAUGGAUGGGAGCAACAGGAGGGUGCUUGUAAAAGAUGACCUUGGACUGCCCAACGGCUUGACUCUCGACCCACAGACUUCAUUGCUGUGCUGGGCUGAUGCUGGUACACUAAGAGUGGAAUGCAUGAAUCCUAGCGUCAGCAACCGCAAGAAAGUCCUGGAGGGGAUCCAGUACCCGUUCGGCAUCACAGCUUACGGAAGUAACCUUUACUACACUGACUGGCAGAGGAAAGCUGUGAUCAUGACAGAUUCCUCUACAAAAAAGGAGACCGAUGAGUUCCUGCCCUCCAAACGGUCCCGGCUGUAUGGAAUCACUAUAGCCUACGCCCAGUGCCCAUCCGGGUACAACUACUGCGCUGUCAACAACGGAGGCUGCACACACUUGUGCUUGGCAACCCCGUCCGGGCGCUCCUGUCUGUGCCCCGACGACGCGGUGGGCCUGGGCUGCGUCGAGAGGGGCACCGGGUACUGAAGGCGGGGAGCGGCAGUCAUAUGAAAGCUCGGCGCUUUGGACGCCCUCACGUGUUCCGCCUCAGCUGACUAGUGGUGCUGAAGGUGCUGCAACGUCUGUAGUUACUCCACGUCACACAGGGCGCUUGAGUUGGACGGCGGUGAAGGCUGACAUGUUCCCUGUUGGACAGGUUUUUUUAAAUGGCUAUUAAUUGGUAUAAAUUCCACAAUCAACAUACUGAACUUCAGUGAUUUUUUUUUUUCUUGUAAAUAAGUAAAACAAUAUUUACUGUAUGUGCAGUUGGUAAGUGAAGUCCUGUGGUGCUCUCAAAUUAUGCAAGAAAUUGGAACGCGACAAUUACUAUGAAGUUUACACCAUAGCAGAAUGUGAAGGUAACCUCGAGCUCAUGUCCAUGACUAACAACAGCGAGUGUGGUGUUUCUGGGCUGCUGCGCGUCACCUCCGUGACAGAGGCUCGCACCCAUACCCCGGGAGGACAUGGUGCUCCAAGUAGUGCACAGCGCUGUCAAGCCGGAUGUGCAGUAGGGGGAAAUUUUACAACGUUUACAUUCUGUACAGGUAACCAAUAAAACAACUAUCAAAAAA